AUGGCACCGAAGAGGGGCACCAAGCGCGCGGCGGAGGCGACGAUGUCAGCGACGGAUGAGGCGAAGAAGAUGAAGGAGACCUUGAAGAACUAUGGCGUGAGCAAAACCUGGUACGAUGGCGUGGUGGAGGGGCUUCAAUCUCCUGUCGCUGAGGACCCCCUCUCUGUGCGGAAGAUGCUGAUCGCGAUGCUCCCUGAAGGCCUUUGUGUGCCCGCCGACCAGCGUCACGCCUACCAGACGGCGAAUGUGCAGAUGGUCUCAGAGAGCUUGCAGAAGGUCAUUUGCAAGUUGGAGGAGAAGCUGGCCACGGCGUCUGCGGAAGUCGACCGCAUUGAAGCUUCCAAGGGAGAGUUGCAGAGCAAGGUCGACGCUGCGGAGGAGGCCUUGGGCACGGCCUUGGAGAACGAGCAGAGUUGCAAGCUGCGCUUGGCCGACGUGACGCGCACCGUGAUCUCUUGCAAGUCAGCGGUGUCGGGUGCCGAGACGGCUCAGCGGGAGAAGGCUCAGGCACGUGAGAAGGCCUUGGAGGAGAAGGCACAAGUGGAGAUCCUCGGAGCGCUUGCGCAAGCUCUUGCGUGCAGACCGUCCCUCUCAGCGAGUUCGUGGUUGGCCCUCCAAGCAACCACUAGAAGACGGCUUUCUUUCGCGGCUGUUUUGGCCGAAGAGUUUCGUCUCCUGUGUGACGGUGAGGUCCAGGGGCAGGAAGCUCAGGCCCACUAUGGGAAGUUGGAAUCCCUGGCCAAGCAGAUUGGCUUUGAAGCAUCACUCCUCACGGCGCUGCCGACCUCCAUCCUGAAGGAGCCGGCCAGUCGCGGUUCCUUUGACGCCAUGGUGGUGGCGCAGCUGGCGGAGGGCCUCGGCAAGCGCCUGAGCGCCCUGAAGGAGGAGCUUUUGGCGUCCGAGCCAGGGGCCACCGCGGCGGCGCAGGCGGUGGAGACGGCCCAGAAGGAGCUGCAAGUGGCAUUCGAGCAGCAGCAAGUGGAGGCUGAGAAGUACAAAGCAGCUCAGGAGCUCCGGGCCUCGGCCGAGACGGCCAAGAGCCAGGCGCACGCUGAGGCGGCGGAGCACGAGCCCUUGCUGCGGCAGGCGGUGCAGGCGCGCCUGGAGGCCGAGACAGAGGUGGAGAGCUUCAAGAACUACAACUGGGCCUGCUUCGAGAAGCUCCGUGACCAUCAACAGCUCAGCUCGGCGCAGAGGGCCGUGGAGGCGCAGAUGGAGGUGGAGGCUGCCGAGGCCGGCGCCUGA